GGCGGGGCCGCACAUCUGGGCGGGGCAGGCGGCAGUGACUCCGGCGGAGCCGGCGCGAAGCAUCCCACAGCCGGCAGGAGUGGCGAGCCGCGACUAUGCCGAAGUGCCCCCGCUGCCAGAAGGAGGUCUACUUCGCCGAGAAGGUGACUUCUCUGGGGAAGGACUGGCACCGGCCCUGCUUGAGAUGCGAGAAGUGUAACAAGACUUUGACGUCUGGGGGCCAUGCAGAGCAUGAUGGCAAGCCAUACUGCAACCACCCCUGCUAUGCUGCCUUGUUUGGGCCCAAAGGGUUCGGCCGGGGAGGAGCUGAGAGCCACACGUUCAAGUAAACUUCAGGUCUGACAGCCAGGGUUCCCAGCACAUCCUGAAGACAGCACAAACGCGCUACAACAGACAUGCAUUUUAGCUUUUCAUUCACUUUGUACUAGACUAGCACAUUAAAAGCAAUAAGUAAAUGAGGCUGGGGCUGGUGCGGAGAGGAGGUCUGCUCCAGAUGGAGUGCUGCCGGGUGGAGGUGUAGGGACGCCCUUCGUGAUAGGAAAUUUGGCCAAUAUCACUGAAGGCUGCCUGGAGAGGAGACCGCACCCUUCGAGCCAAAACCCAGCCCUGCUUCUGGCACGCAGCUCUCAUGGCUGGGCCCGCAGUUGUAUUCUCAGUCUUUAAUAAAUCCAGAUCAAAAUAUACUUCCCCUGUGUAGCAGCUGU